UCUCUCGUCCCCUUCACCCAUAACCGUUCUCUGCUCUCUCUCUCUCUCUUUUUCCCAUUCCCAGCUCCUCGCUCUCGCAAAAAAAAAAUCAAGUCUUUUUCUCAAAGACAAAAGGAAGAAACUCGCCAUGGAUUUCCACACCCUCGCAAGGAGAGAUCUCCAGUCCCUCUGCAAGAAGAACCGCAUCCCCGCCAACAUGACCAAUGUCGCCAUGGCUGACGCUCUCCAAGCUCUCCAAACCGUGGAAGGGGUUGCCGAGAUUCAAGAAUCCCUACAGUUCCAAUCCCCCAAGAAACUAGACCUCGAGUCCCCGGCCCCACCGAGGACCGGGCGGAGAACAACUGCAUCUCGAAAGGUAGAGCAGCAAGGGAGCCCUCUGCCUCGGUCUCGGAGGGUCACCGUUAAAGCUUCCGAAAUCUUGGACAUGGUCGAGGAUGCUGAGUCUCCGAAAGCACCGACUACGAGGAGCAGGGCGGUCAAGAAACAAGAGAUCAAGGUGGUCGCAAAAACUCCGGCGACGAGGAGAACGACGAGGCAGUCUUCGAGGAAAGAAGUGGAUGAUUUGAUGAGUGGAGGAUUGAGGCGGAGCACGAGAGUUGGAGGCAAGGGGGAUUCCGUAAAGAUGGCAUCUUUGGCUAAGGAUGUAGAAGAAGAACAAAACAAAGAAAAGGUAAUGGAAGAAAGUGAAGAUGCUGUUGAUCAGAAGACUGAUCUCCGUACCGAAGAGGAUAACCAAAAAUAUGAUAAGGAAACCAAUGACAAAGUUUGUGAAAGAGAACAGGAUUUGGAGGUUGAGGUGAUUAAAGAAGCACCAAUUUCUGCUGAUCAAUCAGAAAAAACCUCUAAAUCCCUGCCAGAAGCUUCAGGGAACAAUCCAAAAGAAGAAGAAAACCAAGAAAAUAAUCAAGAAGAAGCUUUACCUGGAUUUGAUGACUCGCCAGUCAGAGGUCUGAUAUCCUUAGAUCAAGAUUCUUCUGUUCAGCAAAGUCCCGUUGCUGAGAUCAACACAGAAGUGAUCGAAGAUCUUGAGAAAUCAUCAGAGGAGAACCAAGAAGCUUCCGAUGAUCAAGACUUCAAGCUUCAAGAACUUCCAAUCUCCGACGAGAAUCCAGCAUCAAUUGAAGAUUCCCCCGAUGAAACUCAAGAUCUCGUCGCAUCUGAUCUCACCGACGAAAUCGCAAAGCUUUCGAUUGGAUCCAUCAAAGACGAUGGCGAUCUCACGGCCGAAGCUAUGGAAUCUGGUGAUGCUGAUGAAAUCGAUGAUCUCACCGUAGCGGUCCUAGCGAACUCCGAUGGAAUCCAAGAUAUCGCGAAAUCCGAUCUCGCCGCCGAAAACUCAGAGGCAGCCAUCGAAUCCAGCAAAGACGAUGAUCUCACUGCCGAGACCAGUGCUGAAGCCUAUGAUCUCACUAUUCAGUUCCCACUGAAAUCCGACGGAAUCCAACCAGAAAUCUUAGAGGGAACCAUCGAAUCCAUCAAAGUUCCUACUGAAGCCGAUGAUCUCACCUUUGAGAUCCUACUGAACUCCGACGGAACCCAAGAUCUCGCGAAAUCGGAUCUCAACGCCGAAAUCUCAGACGACGGUCUAACCAUCGAGACCACGGCUGAAAUCGCUGAUCUCACCGUCGAGAUCCCAGUGGAGAUCGACGGAUCCGGCAAUUUCACAGGCGAUAUCUCAGUGGAAGCCGUCGGAGAUCUGAAUCGUGCAGCAGAGAAAAGCGCGGGAAAAGAGCUGCCUCUGGCUGGAAUUUACAAGGACGAUUGCAACAAAGAGAACAGAGAUUUGACCGUUUUAGUGGUGGGGCCCGUUAAGGGGGGCAAGCAGAGCUAUCAAAGCAUGAGUCUGCGCAAGCUCAAGGCCGCUUACAAGGAGACUCUGGUCAGCAUAAACAACAAGGGGGAAGAGAAGAGGACCGCUUUGGGUCUUAUGGAUGAGAACUGCAUCUGAAUUUUUGGGAUAUUUGGGAGAAGAUGAUAGUAAAUCAGCUUUUUUUGCUUCUGCUUCAGUUUUGAUUUCUUUUUUUUUUUUACUGAGCGUCAUAUUUCUUACUGUUGAAAUGUACUUUGGAGUGUUAUGUGCUGAGUUUGAAACCUAGGUUUCUCCAGCCAUAAUUCAUUGUCCCCCAGGGGAUUGGAAUAUUGGGUUGAUAUUUUCUCACAAUGUUUCUAUAUGGAAGAAAUUAUUAGUUUCAGCCAUUUUCUCA